AUGGCUUCAGUUUCUCAGGGCACAGACGACUGCGGCCGCAGAAAGCCCCGCCUGGCUGCAUCGUUAAAGAUAAGCCCCGGACCCCGUGCCUGGCGACCGCCGCCGCCCCCGGCCCAAGGUGUCUGGGAGCCCGCGCCCGCAAAGGACCACGCAGGGGGCGACUGGUGCCAGGCCUCGGUGUUGGGGGACAGUGGGCCUGGGGCAGGGGCCAGAGUAGGAGAGCUGGGGGCACCCCAGGCGUGGGAAAGCUUGGGGGAACAGAUGGGGAAGGCCCCGAGGGUUCCUGUGCCCCCCGCAGGGCUGAGCCUGCCGCUCAAGGAUCCCCCAGCCAGCCAGGCGGUGUCCUUGCUCACGGAGUACGCGGCCAGCCUGGGCAUCUUCCUGCUCUUCCGGGAGGACCAGCCACCAGGUCCCUGCUUCCCCUUCUCUGUGAGUGCGGAGCUGGAUGGGGUGGUCUGCCCUGCGGGCACUGCGAACAGCAAGACAGAGGCCACACAGCAGGCAGCGCUCUCUGCCCUCUGCUACAUCCGGAGUCAGCUGGAGAGCCCAGAGUCCCCCCAGACCUCCAGCCAGCCUCCACCGGUCCCCCUGAAUAUAGAGAGCAUCCUGACCCAUGAGCAGCGUUGUGCGGCCUUGGUAAGCUCCGGCUUUGAUCUCCUGUUGGACGAGCACUCGCCAUACUGGGCCUGUAAAGGGACUGUGGCUGGAGUCAUCCUAGAGAGGGAGAUCCCAGAUGCCAGGGGCUACGUGAAGGAGAUCUACAAGCUGGUGGCACUGGGCACUGGCAGCAGCUGCUGUGCCAACUGGUUGGAAUUCUCGGGCCAGCAGCUCCAUGACUGCCAUGGCCUGGUCAUCGCGCGCCGGGCCCUGCUGAGGUUCUUGUUCCGGCAGCUCCUCCUGGCCACAUGUGGGGGACCCAAGGGCAAGGAGCAGUCUGUGCUGGCCCCCCAGCCGGGGUCUGGACCCCCAUUUGCCCUCAAGCCCCGCGUCUUCCUGCACCUCUACGUCAGCAACACCCCCCAGGGCGCGGCCCGUGACAUCUACCUGCCCCCUACCUCGGAAGGCGGACUUCCACACAGCCCACCUAUGCGCCUGCAGGCCCACGUGCUCGGGCAGCUGAAGCCUGUGUGCUACGUGGCACCCGUGCUCCGUGAAACCUACGUCAGCUGCCUCUCAGCCAGUGAUAAGCUGGCGCGCUGGGCUGUGCUGGGGCUGGGUGGUGCCCUGCUGGCCCACCUGGUGUCCCCACUCUACAGCACCAGCCUCGUCCUGGCUGACUCAUGCCAUGACCCCCCAACUGUGAGCAGGGCCAUCCACACCCGGCCCUGCCUCGAUAGUGCCCUGGGGCCAUGCCUGCCACCUCCCUACGCCCGAAACACCCUACACCUGUUCGCAGGGCCCCCAGUGGCCCCCUCCGAACCCAGCCCUGACACCUGCCAUGGCCUGAGCCUCAACUGGAGCCUGGGGGAUCCUGACAUCGAGGUUGUGGAUGUGGCCACGGGGCGUGUGAAGGCCAAUGCCACCCUUGGGCCUCCCUCCCGUCUCUGCAAGGCGUCCUUUCUCCGGGCCUUUCACCAGGCUGCCAGGGCUCUGGGGAAGCCCUACCUCCUGGCCUUGAAGACCUACGAGGCUGCCAAGGCUGGGCCCUACCAGGAGGCUCGCCGGCAGCUCUCCCUCCUCCUGGACCAGCAGGGCCUGGGGUCUUGGCCCUCGAAGCCACUGGUGGGCAAAUUCAGAAACUGA